AUGAUUCCUCGUGCCUACUUCAGGCCUCAAUUAAUCACGACAGUCUUCAUUUCAAUCCUUUCGCUGGUCGUUACUCUACCUUUUGAUCAUUCGACAAAUAUUCGAGAAAGUCUGGAUGAAAAUGAAAUGACACGUCGAUUAAGUGGUGGUGGUGGUGGAGAUAUGAACAAAACGAUACCAUUCAAUUCAUUAAGCAAUUUGGUUGAUACUGUGCAAUAUGUUGCGGCAUUUAUUGUUGUACUUGUUGCCGCACAUCCACUUGCUCUAUUCUUUCCCAAGUUUUUCAAACUUCCACUCAUUACGGGAUAUCUUGUUAUUGGAAUCAUAUCUGGUCCCUUUGCUACGAAUCUCUUAAAUCGUGAUGUGGUUAAUAUGUUAGCACGAUACGUCAGUGCGCUUGCUUUAUCUUUCAUCUCGGCUCAAGCAGGACAAGAAAUUUAUCUUCCUGAACUUCGACCAAUUUUAUUUUCGAUUGCGAAACUUCUUGCUUGUAUGUAUGUAACAGCAAUGAUCAUUCAAACAAGUGGAAUCCUGUUAUUGGAAGAAACAUUUUUCUAUCGUGACAUGACUUUUAAUUGUCAAUUGGGUAUUGCGUUGAUGUUUGGAUCAAUCUCCGUCCUCGUGUCUCCAGGUACUGUCAUGGCGAUCAAGAUUGAACUUAAUAGUGUCGGUCCAUUUACAAGUCUAAUGCUUGGUGCCACAAUGACUGCUGAGUUUGUCGUCCUCAUCUCUUUCUCCGUUGCACGUAUUAUCACAUCCAUUUAUUGUGCUGAAUUGGAAGUUUCAAUGGUGAAUCUAAUUUUUACCAUGUCGAUUGUUGCAUCCAAUGUCUUGAUGGGUGCUAUUCUAGCUGGUGUCACUCUUAUGAUCUUUAAAAUUCCAGGUGGAGAACCUUAUCAUGAACAUGAUGAAGAACAUGGUGCUGAUGAAUAUUGUGAUCAAAAGACGACGGAAAAUGUUCCAAUUGCUCAUCCAAAUCUUGAACCGAUGAUCUCUGACAUUAAUCCAGUUGAUGAAGUUCAUUAUACUUCAGAAUCGUGUUGUCUUUCAUCGAAGAAUGUGUUGGCACUGAAAGGAUUUCUAUGGCUUUCUAUGGGUUAUAUGUUUUACAUCUUUAGCUCACUCUUUGCCGAAGUUACAGCAGCAAUGUUUGGGUUAUCAUGGGAAAUCAAGUUUGAAGGAUUAUUGGUGCUUAUGGUUGCAUCGUGUAUUGCUGGUCAUCAUAAGCCUAUUCGUCAUGAUAUGCACAUGAUCCUUGAUACAGCAGCUCCAUACAUGUUUUUACCAUUCUUUGUAAUGACAGGAGCCUCAUUAAAACUUGAUCAAGUGGUUGCUGCUGUUCCACUCAUGAGUCUCUAUAUUGUAUUGCGCUAUCUCUCCGUCUUUAUUGCCUGUUAUUGUGGUGGUCGCUUUGUUCUGAAAUUGACACCUCAACAAUACAAUAAUUUAUGGCUCACAUUAGCACCUCAAGCUGGUGUAGCACUUGGUUUAGCUAGUGAAGUACAAGCAAUGAGUGAUGCAUCAUGGGCAUCUGAAAUUUCUGCAACUAUUGUUGCUGCUGUCGUCGUGAAUCAAAUUAUUGGUCCUGUUUUGUGUGGAAUUGGAUUAAGUCGAGCAGGUGAAACGUAUAAAGAUCGAAUGUUGGCAGCUGAAGCAUUAAAAGGUGAUAUGGACAAUCUCGACAAAGGAAAUUUAGGGGGUACACAAGUUCAAAACUUUCAAGGAGGAGCUUUAAGUCAUAGCAUGUUGGGACCUCGAUUUAGUACUGUUCAUGGUACCCGUGCAUCAAACUUUGAUGCUCGUCGUACAGUCACAAGUGGUGAUUUAUCGUCGUUUAAUAAGAUUCAAAAUGCUGUGGUGAUUGGUGAUGAUGAAGUUGCAUUUGAAGCAGCUUUAGGCUUAUCAUUGUAUGGUGCACAUGUCACGGUGCCUCUAUUAGAUGAAAAACGAACGGAACAAUGGCGAAAAAUGAAUGAUACGAUUCUUCAACAUACUGAUUUGAUUUCGUAUCGCAAUACAUUAAAAGAUCGUGAUGGAACUCAAGCAAUGUCAACAGCUGAUGUGAUUAUCUUUACGGGUGAUGCUAAUCGUACACGUGAAAAUGUACGAAUGUUGAAAACAUUAUUAGGACAUUCGCAUCCUCGUAUGAUUGCUUUCGUUCCAGAUAGCAAAUUUAGUAAAGAGAUGAAAACUCAAGGUGUCUUGGUAAUUCAACCAUCGAUUGCCAUGGCUAAUAUUGCUACACGAAUGGCUUUACUUGAUCAAAAAUUGGCCGAAUCGUUAUCGAAUGAAAUCAGUACAACAAGUGAAUUUAGUACAGCAGCUUACUUUAUGCAUGCCGACAAUCAUGAUUUCUCGGAAAUGCGAUUUGAAGGUCGUCGAUUGGCUUUGAAUCAUAAUGUUGUGAAUCAUCAUUCAGUUGAUUAUGAUCGUCUAGCUGAUGCACUUCGAUCUGAGCGAUUGCCAAUGCCUCCACCUCCACGACGUGUAGCAAUGUAUGGUACUUCAUCAGCGGAUGGAUAUGAUCCAUUUAAUCAAGAUAAGAAUCUUUCGGAAUUCUUUGUUGUACAUGAUGAACAUGAUGAACAUGAAGUAAUCAUGAAUGCACAUUAUUCAUCUCGUCGCAAUCCAAAUCUUUCACUUCAGCGAUCUUCGAUUAUGUUUGGAUCAAGUCAAUUACGUGGUGGACGACGUACACCUCGAGGGAAUAAAUCGAUUUACUAA